GCUAUUCAUUGACGAUUUCAUUUCUAACUAUACGACGAAAGAGAUUCGUUGCUAUAACUGAGUUUCUUACGUCAACACAGUAAUUUAAUUAAAUUUCAAUUAAACCAAGAAUUUGCGGUGUUUGUUUAAAUUAUUAAUUUAAAUAUUUAGUUGAAAAAUUUGGACUGAGCAUUUCGAAAAAAACGAUAAAUUAAAAAAACGAAUAUGAAAUAAAAUAUUGUUAUAAUAAAUUGGAGUGAUAUGCUGUGAUUCAAAAGUACUCGUGAAGCUUUUCGUUAAUGUGCAUGUGAAUGAUUCAAUUUUAAAAUAAUUCAAAAGAAAAUAUAACAAAAUAAAACAAAAACAAUAUUGGUUUGAGCUACUAGAAUAAUCAGCCUCUGAAGUUAAAUUGACGGAUAAAUAAUAUUUCAAAAUGAAUAAUCUAUCGGAUGGAACAGGUUAUACUUUUGAAGAAGAGAUUCCAUCGAUGGCCGAUAUUUCCACUAUUCCUCGUUUACCCGGAGACGGUGCUCCACAGAUAGAUGAUCCUGAAAAUAUAGAACAGGAAAUAUCUGCUCUUCCAAGCAUUAUAACCAUCAAUGAUGACGCUUUCGACUCGAAACAAAAUCCUUAUCGAGGAAAAGUUAAAUCGGGUGAAAAUCAGCCACCAUUGAAUAAUGAGGUCUAUUCAGCGUUCAAGCGUGGUAAUGUGGUCAAAGGCAUUUUAUGUCCAUCGUUAACAAAUUCGUUUCGAGCAAGAUCUUUAGAACGGUCGUAUUUAACUUAUUCACAUAGGCAACGCCAAAAGAGUUUGCUUAUAGUCAAUAUUGUCGAUUUAAUAUUGAAAUUAGUUCUCGCCGCAGUUUGGACGUGUAGAAAAUCUGCUGAACUUUACAUAAACGAAACAUCGGCUGUUGUAUUGGCGGCCAGCUAUUCAUCGCAGGAAUGA